AUGUCUAUCGCGGCAUCAGAGGAGAGGCUUACGCCAGAUGAGGCGGAGGAUUCCGCAGAGCAGCUCCCCUCCGGGGCGGCUGCUCAGUUGGAGGCAGACGCUGAACUGGCAACCAUGCUCCUCCGGGCGGCCAAGAGCAUUGGAGUGAUUGUGCGCAAGCCACCUUCCCUUGAGCCCUCGCGGCUUGAUGAUUGGUUCUUGGGGUCCCGACGUGACUCGAGUCAGCCGUGUCUGGCCCCAGUUCCUUUCUUCCCGGAGGUACAUGAAGAGCUCACUAAGACGUGGAAAGUGCCUUACAGCACCCGUACACGUUCGGGCUCUUCCCUCCUCACUAGCCUCGACGAUGGGGCGACUUCGCUCUCUGGGCCGGCCACUGUCGAGGACUUUGCCCAGCAGUUCUCAGCAGUACAGAAUCAGACUGAGGCUAUUAAACACAUCCUGCCCCGGUGUGAAUCAUCCGCGGCUUCUACAUCUGCUCCGCCUCCGCCCCCACUGCCUAAGGAGUCUAGGGCUCCUCGGCGAGGGCGUCGAGCUGGCUGUGGGAGAGGAGCACAACCCACUCCAACAAAGACAUCCCGCAAGUUGGCGAAGUCUUUUUCCUUGGGCUCGAGUCUUGAGCGACGCUCUGCUUCCUCAGACUCAGGUAGUACACUUCAAAAAGUCACCUUUGAGGCGGAAGAUACAGAUACCUCUGUCCUGUGUGCGGAGUUUGCAGUUCUUCUGGCGAAGGACGCAAUCGAGCCGGUCCCUCCAGCCGAGAUGAAAUUGGGAUUUUACAGUCCUUAUUUCAUCGUACCGAAGAAGAACGCCAUUGACCUGAAGGACGCGUACUUUCAUGUCUCGAUUUUUCCUCGACACAGACCGUUUCUUCGGUUUGCCUUCGAGGGUCGGGCAUAUCAGUACAAAGUCCUGCCCUUCGGACUAGCCCUGUCUCCCCGCGUAUUUACCAAACUCGCAGAGGGUGCCCUCGCCCCAGUUUGGGAGCGGGGUAUCCGCAUCCUCAACUAUCUCGACGACUGGCUAAUAAUAGCUCACUCGCGAGAUUUGUUGUGUGAGCACAGGGAUCUGGUGCUUCAGCAUCUCAGUCUUUUGGGGCUUCAGGUCAACUGUGAGAAGAGCAAGCUCUCCCCUGUGCAGAGCAUCUCUUUUUUUGGGAUGGAGCUGGAUUCGGUCAACAUGAUGGCACGCCUUACGGAGGAGUGUGUGCAGUCGGUGCUCGAUCUUUCAGAGGCUCCUGGGGCAUAUGGCAGCUGCAGCCGCGGUCAUGCCGCUCGGCUUGCUUCAUAUGAGACCACUUCAGCACUGGCUCCAUGGCCGAGUCCCGAGAUGGGCAUGGCACCACGGCACAUUCCGGGUCGGCGUUAUACCGGAACGUUGCCUCCUUUUCUUGAAUCGCUUGAAUCAGUCAAGCUUAAAUUUCUGUCGCUUAAGACCUCGCUCCUGAUCGUGCUCACUUCCAUCAAGAAGGUGGGGGACCUGCACGCUUUCUCUGUCAGCGAAUCGUGCCUUGAGUUUGGUCUGGCUGAUUCUCACGUUCGCCUGAGACCCCGGCCUGGUUAUGUGCCCAAGGUUCCCACCACUCCUUUUCGAGAUCAGGUGGUGAACCUGCAAGCGCUGCCCUUGGAGGAGGCAGACCCGGCCUUAGGGUUGCUGGAGGAUGAAGAUUCACCAUCAGAUUCAGGAUCUUUGAGAAUCUUGCUGUUUGGGAAGACAGGAAAUGGAAAAUCUGCCACAGGAAACACUAUCCUCGGAAAUAAUGAGUUUUACAGUAAAGCCAGUUCACGUUUGGUGACCACUGUUUGUCAGAAGGGAGUUGGUGAAGUUGUUGGUCGAUCGGUAACUGUUAUUGAUACUCCAGCACUCUUUGACAUGACACUGACAAAACAACAUGUGCAGAAAGAAAUAAUGAAAUGUGUUUCACUGUCAGCACCUGGACCACAUGUGAUCAUCAUUGUGCUGAGUGUGGGAAGAUUCACACAAGAGGAUGAAUACACUUUAGACAUAAUCAAGAUGAUCUUUGGCCCAAAAACAGCAGAUUUCUGCAUUGUUCUCUUCACUAGAGGAGAUGAUCUUAAAAAACAAACAAUAGAACAAUAUGUGGAGAAAAAUGCUGAACUCAAGAAACUGAUCAGAGAUUGUGGAAACAGAUUCCUGACUUUUAACAACACAGAAACAAAAGAUCAGACACAAGUUACUCAGCUGUUCAAUAUGAUAGAAGAGAUGAAGAAAUCUAAUCAGGGACGAUAUUUCACUAAUGCAAUGUUUGAGGAGGCAGCGAUCUCCAUUGAACAGAGAAUGAAAAUGAUAGAAGAGAAUGAAAGAAAAAAUCAGGCUCAAGUUGAAGAAUUAGAAGCCAAAUUUGGUAUGGAAAUCAAAACCAUGAGAACGAGACUAGAGGAGAAAAAAGAAAGGACAGAUAAAGAAAGGGAGAGGGUGAUGAGCGAGUUCAGAGAACAAGAGGAAACACUCAGGAGAGAGUUUGAGGAGAAAGAAAAAUCAGAGCAGAAGAAACAAGAGACGGAGAAUCAGAAACGAUCAGAAGAGGAGAAACAGCAAAAAGCUGAAUAUGAUCAAAGAAUAGAGGAGAUGAAGAGAGAGAUUGAAGAUCAGUAUGAAAAACAGCAAAAAGAAAGAGAACAAGAAGAUAGAAAGAGAGAAGAAGAAUAUAAACAAGAUCAAGAAAAGAUGAAAAAUGAUCAUGAACACACCAUGACAGAGUUAAGAAGAGAACAGGAAGAGGAAAUAAAAAAGAGAGAUUCAGAGGAACAAAUGAGGAAGAAACAAGAAGAGAAAGAGAGAGAAGAAUGGAAGAGAAGAAUAAAAGAGGCUGAAAAUGACAAAGAGACUCAAGAUAACAUUAAACAACAACAGAGAGAUUGGGAGGAAGAGAAGAAACGACAGAUGAGAGAACGAGAGGAAGAGGAAAGAGAGAGAAAAGAGAGACAUGAGAAACAGCUGAGAGAAAUAAUUAAAGAACUGGAGAAAAUGAGAAUGAAAUAUGAAAGACAGAGAGAAGAAGAAAAACAGAUGAUAGAGGAGGAGAGAGAGAAACAGGACAGAGAAAGUGAACAGAAGCAGAGAGAAUAUAAAGAAAAGAUAAAUGAAAUGGCAAGACAUUAUGAGCAGCUGGAGCGAGAGAGAAAAGUGGAGUGGAAGAGAAGAAAACAAGAGGAUGAAGAGAGACGAGUGGAGAAGAGAAAGAGAUGGGAGAAAAUGAUGGAAAAUCUGAAACGAGAGCAAGAGGAGGAGAUCAAGAGAAGAGAAAAAGAGAGGAGAGAGAAAGAAUAGACAGAGAAGAAACAGAGUGUGAUGAAAUGAAACAGAAACAUGAAGAGGAAAUAGAGAAGAUGAAGAAGAAACAUGAAGAUGAAGCCAGAAAACAAAGAGAAGAAUUGAAUGAUUUCAAAAAGAGAAAAGAGCAGCAGGUUCAGGAUCUCAGUAAGAGACUUGAACAUCUAAAUGAAAUUAAACAUUUAAGAGAGGAGCAAGAAGAAAAAUGUAAUCUCAUGUGAAAUGUUUUUAAUUCUCUCUCUAACUGCUUUUCACGCACCCUUCCCCUUGUAUGAGUGAUUUCAUGUUUGUUUGUUUAGAUUAGUUAUGUGUUAGUGCUUCGUUAAUAAACUCUUGUGCACAAAUUACGAGUUUUGAUUCAGAUUCUGCCUUGUAAAUUAAUGUUUUAAUUUUUUAAUCUUUACGAUUCCGAUUCGAGCUACGUGCUCUAAUGCAGUGGUACUUUAAGAAAGUUAUUUUCUGUGGCCAAGAAAAUAUCAUUUCUUAGAGUUGAUAUAAAAAUUAUACUGAAUGUUCGCUGGGCGAACAGAUUAGUUGAUGGAAAAUUAAUUCUGCUACAGUUACUACUGGCAGCUGAUAUAAAUAAUUGUAAUUAACCCUUUGAGCGGUACGGUCCCACAUAUGGGAUUCUAUUUUCUGUGCCCCUGGGAGUACGGUCCCACAUAUGGGAUUUAGAACGUUCGGUGACGUCACGCAACUGCCAAAUUCAAACUGCGUUUUCGCGCGUUGU